GUCGGUUUCGCCACAACCUGAAAAGUCGCCACCCCAUUCAGGCACACGGGAUGGCGGAAGUCGCGGAGCUCAAGCUCCACAAAGUCAUCGGAUACAAUGGAACGUUCAACAACACUGUCCUGUACACGAACGAUGGGCACUACCUCAUCUACUCACUGGGCCUAACCGUCGUCAUUCGCGACCUGCGAUCGAACGCCCAAGGGUUUCUGCAUGGCCACACUGACAUCAUCACGUGCUUGACCAUCUCCAACAACGGCCGGUUGCUCGCGUCCGGACAGCAGAGCAAGAGCCGGGGCAACAAGGCGCCCGUCCUCGUGUGGGACCUCCGCGGCGCCAUCACAGCCAUGGCAGGCAAGGCCAACCAAAGCGACAAGGUCGUGUACCGCCUUGUCCUUCAUAUGGGCAAGGUACAGGACAUGGCAUUUUCGUCCCAGGAUACGUGUCUGUACACGGUGGGCGGCCAGGACGACAACGCGCUCGUGUGCUGGAACAUGGAAACUGGCGAGCCUAUUUGUGGCACCCCGGCCGGCGACGACUCAACUCUGGUCGUGCGUUCGUUCCGAACCGCAAACAACAACGACUUGCUCAUCACGGGGGGCAACUACGCGUUCAACGUGUGGCGCGUAGACCACAAGCACCGCAAGUUCCACCCCCUCCGCGCCAACUUGGGCAACUUGAAGCGCAUCAUGUCGGCCAUCGCCAUCUCCCCCGACGACAAGAUCGCAUACGUCGGCACCAAGACUGGCGACUUGCUCGAGAUCAUCCUCGACUGCGAUUUGACUAAACCCAACUGCGCGUUCCCGCCCGUGGGGACUCAAAAGCCCCGCUACAACCGCACGACCAAGGAGCGGUUCAGCCAAGGCAUCAACACCGUCGUGGUGCACGAACACAACCAGCAGCGCUUCCUGCUUCUCGGCGCGGGGGACGGAUCGCUCGUCGUGCUCCUACCAGGGGGGGUAACCGACCCCAUCAAGUCGACCCCCAUCCCCACUGGCCCCAUCGAGAAGCUCCAGGGGGGCAUCACAGCGCUGAGCGAAGGGCCCCACGGACAGUUUUACGUGGGCACGAACCAAAGCAACAUGUACCUGGCCACGCUGCCCAGCGAAACCACGAUCAAAGCCGAGCUUCGCGCGACUUGCCACUACGGCAGCAUCAACGACGUCGUGUUCCCCAAAGCGCCGUCAAAAGGCGUGGAAAUGAACUCCAAUCUGUUUGUCACGUGCUCCAAGACGGACAUCCGCGUAUGGAACGCCCGAAAGGCCCAGGAAAUCCUGCGCAUCCAAGUGCCCAAUCUCGUGUGUAACUGCGUGGAUUUAACCGUCGACGGCAGCGUGAUCGUGAGCGGGUGGGACGACGGCAAGGUCCGCGCCUUCUACCCCGAGUCGGGCAAAUUGAAGUUUGUCAUCCAAGACGCGCACAACGAAAGCGUCACCGCCAUCGCCGUGUGUCAUGACACCGACCACGAGCGGGAAUGGCGCCUCAUCACCGGCGGCAAAGACGGCCGCGUCCGCGUCUGGCGCAUCACGCCGUCCCGCCAGACCAUGGAAGCGUCCAUGAAGGAACACCGCGGUCCAGUGAAUAGCAUCCAAGUCGUACGCGACAACUCGAGCUGUGUGAGCGCCUCGUCGGACGGGUCGUGCAUUUCGUGGAACUUGGACAACUUUACGCGCGUGCAAGCCAUGUUUGCGUCGACGGUGUUCCGGCGUAUCUUGUACCACCCCGACGAGUCUCAAAUGCUCACGUGCGGGUCGGACCGACGCGUGACGUACUACGACUCGUACGACGGCGAGGCUAUUCGGAUCUUGGAGGAGGCGGCGGACGGCGAGAUGCUGGCCCUCGACAUUGAACGGUAUACACAACAGCACUCCUAAAUAUAGGAUUGGUCAUCUGGUUUUGUGUGUGUGUGGGGUAGGAGCGGCAACAUUUUCGUCACGGGCGGCCGCGACAGCACGUUGAAAGUGUGGCACUACGACAACGGAGAGCCCAUUGGCGUGGGCAAGGGCCACAGCGAAGCCAUCAACGCGGUCAAGAUCAGCCCCGAGCGCAAGCAUAUUGUGACCGUGGGAAGCGAAGGCGCCAUCAUGAUUUGGGAGAUGGGCGAGUUGCUGACGCACACCAACAAUUAGUCGUGGGAUGAAUGCCUACGUUAGUUUACGGUAGUUACAUACCAUUAUACUUUCCAUUAAGAGUGUGUUGCUGCAUACUAUUACAUAUAUUAAUAAUAGUAACGUAAGAGAUUUUUUCAACGC